AUGCCUCCUCUAAGAAAUGCUGCCAGAGACUUCUUGACGGCGACUGCUGCGCUGCAAAUUCAUGUGAAGAAACCGGAUGACUUUCCGCUUAGAGUGGAGACUGUUAAUGAGAUAAAAUAUUUCGCUUUUGGCGAUUUAGCGUACAAAUCUACCGCGGAGAUCGACCUAGAUGACUUCGACGGGAUGGGCCGGAAGUUAACUCUUGAUUCGAUCCUGUUUUUCAUGAAAAAUCAAAAAGGAAGUCACACACAAUAUCUUAAGGAGGCGAAUCACCAAAAAAUGCAAUGCAUCAGUUUGGUGUACAGUUCCGUGGUGAAGGAUUUCCUAGACGGCAAGGCUCCUGAACAAUACACUAGGCUCACUACCAAACAAGAAGCGCCACAAUCCCUGAGAAAACUUCUGAAUCAGCGCUCCACAGCGGAGCCAGAUGAGAAACGAGCGAAACUCGAUGUCAUCCCAACGACAUCCGGACCUCCGAACGACGUAAAAAUGGAGAAAAGGGCAAAGUCUACUCCUCGAAAGAGUGUUGCAGAGAAACGAGCCCAGAUCCAAGUAUUGAUUGAACACAGGACGAAGAGUCUCGUCGAUUUUGAAGAACAUAAGAAAUCUGAAUUGAGGCGUCAACCACCGUCGAUUCCGUUCAUCCCGAAUCCAUCGACGUCAUCUGGAAUCUCUUCUGGAGGAUAUAAGACAUCUGAAUUGAGGCGUCAACCACCGUCGAAUCCAGUUGUCACGAAGCCAUCGACGUCUUCUGGUGCCGCUUCUGAAGGACACAAGAAAUCUGAUGUGAUGCGUCAACCACCGUCGAAUCCAGUUGUCACGAAGCCAUCGACGUCUUCUGGUGCCGCUUCUGAAGGACACAAGCCAGAAAUGCGUCCACCACCGAUUCUUCCAUCAGUUGUCCAGAAGCCAUCUGGAGCCAGCGGAGCCAAGAGAACAUCCCGAUCGCCGAUAAUCAUCGUACCGGCUGCAAUGAAUACGAUGAUUAAUAUGUAUAAUGCGAAGGACAUUCUCGAGGGAUCAGGAUACGUAUCUGUUGAUCAGAAACGGAAAGAAUCGAAUAAGAAACCGACGGAUUUGGUCAUUCAGAGACAGAAGAAUGGACAGACUUACAACAUUCGAAUCAUUGACAAUCCGGAAAAGAUGGCACCAGAAGAUUGGGAUCGAGUGAUCGGAGUGUUCGUAAUGGGCGUGGCUCAGCAAUUCGAAGGAUGGAAAUGGAAUGGAAAUCCGACGGACAAUUUUGCUCGUACUGCCGCUUUCUAUCUGUACUCCGAUUUGGACAAACCGUUGAAUCAAGUGACGCAAUUGGAUGUUCUAAAGAUUCCGAUAUCUUCGACGAAGAGACAUAUGGAUAACCUACAAUUUUCACAAAUAUGGGAACGCAUGGAGAAAAAAGUUCUACUGUAUAAACCAUACCUCGCACAAUGUCUUGGAUUAUCAAAGUGA